GGAGUGUGCGGCUGCCGCGUUGGUACAGUCCAGCGCAAGAUGGCGACUUCGAUGGAAGACGAGUUUGAAGAUGCGCCUGAUGUGGAGCCUUUAGAGCCUACAUUAAAAAAUAUAAUAGAGCAGAAAUCCCUCAAAUGGAUCUUUGUCGGGGGUAAAGGGGGCGUUGGAAAGACCACGUGCAGCUGCAGUUUGGCGGUUCAGUUAGCAGCGGUGAGAGAGAGCGUCCUCAUCAUAUCCACAGAUCCAGCGCAUAACAUCUCCGAUGCCUUCGACCAGAAGUUCUCCAAGGUGCCCACCAAGGUCAAAGGCUAUGACAACCUCUUCGCCAUGGAGAUCGACCCCAGUCUGGGUGUGGCAGAGCUGCCCGAUGAGUUCUUCGAGGAGGACAACAUGCUCAGUAUGGGGAAGAAGAUGAUGCAGGAGGCCAUGAGCGCUUUCCCUGGCAUUGACGAGGCCAUGAGCUAUGCAGAGGUCAUGAGAUUAGUGAAAGGCAUGAAUUUUUCAGUGGUGGUGUUUGACACGGCCCCCACAGGACACACUUUACGCCUGCUCAACUUCCCCACCAUCGUGGAAAGAGGUCUGGGUCGUCUGAUGCAGAUCAAGAAUCAGAUCAGUCCCUUCAUCUCGCAGAUGUGUAACAUGCUGGGUCUGGGAGACAUGAAUGCUGAUCAGCUGGCGUCUAAAUUAGAAGAGACUUUGCCUGUCAUCCGCUCCGUCAGCGAGCAGUUUAAAGACCCGGAGCAGACGACGUUCAUCUGCGUGUGCAUCGCGGAGUUUCUCUCUCUUUACGAGACGGAGCGUUUGAUUCAAGAACUGGCGAAGUGUCGCAUCGACACGCACAACAUUAUCGUCAACCAGUUGGUUUUCCCCGACGGCGAGCGGCCCUGCAAGAUGUGCGAGGCCCGACACAAGAUUCAGUCCAAGUACCUGGACCAGAUGGAAGAUUUAUAUGAAGAUUUCCACAUAGUAAAGUUGCCCCUGCUGCCCCACGAAGUUCGAGGAACGGAUAAGGUCAACACUUUCUCCAUGCAGCUGCUGGAACCCUACAGCCCCCCCAAAAAGUGACUUAACUGCCACCGAUCAAACCCACAUACAUAAUCCUCCUGAUCGUCAUCCUCAGAAAUACCCUACUAAAGUUUAGCUUUUUUAUCUGGUGCCCCUAUAGUUACCAAUACACACCUUUAUUUCCUCCAAUCAGAUGCUCUUUUUCUCAUUUUAUUUGGUCAUGUGAUCUUUAAUGAAUGU